AGUCUAGUAGAGGGAGCCAGCUCGCAGCCACCCCACCAAGGACAGGCUAAAUUGGAGACAUCCCCACCCCCACCCCGGGCUUUCUGCGGAGCGCCUCCCUGCCCCGCGCCCCGAAGGCACUUAAUGAGCGCGGGUUCCCGGCUGGCUCUCGAGCUGCAGUUGAGCCUCCCUGGAGGAGGGCAGGAUGGGGCGGGGGGCGGGUUGGCAGAGGAGGGCCCGGGAGGAGCAAACUGGAGGACUCGACUGCUUCUGGACGGAUGCGCUCCGCCGCUGCUGCUCUACUGCUGCCGGCGCGCUGCAGCUGGAGGCCCCGCAGGUUUGCUUGGAAGACAACCUUAUUCCACGCACAUAAAGAACAACUCUUCUGAACUGCUGUUACUGAAUUUGGAAUGAUACGGCAUAUGUUCAUCUGAUGGAGGAUUAGCCAGAUCUCAGAUAAAACAUUGCUCACUGGAAAACGUCACAAUAUACAAUAUGUCAUCCAACCGGAGUCAGAAUCCACAUGGACUAAAGCAGAUUGGUCUUGAUCAGAUUUGGGAUGAUCUCAGAGCUGGAAUCCAACAGGUUUAUACGAGACAAAGUAUGGCAAAGUCCAGAUAUAUGGAACUCUACACUCAUGUUUAUAACUACUGUACUAGUGUACAUCAGUCCAACCAAGCUCGAGGAGCUGGAGUGCCUCCUUCUAAAUCUAAGAAAGGUCAGACACCUGGAGGAGCUCAAUUUGUUGGUUUGGAAUUAUACAAACGACUGAAAGAAUUUCUGAAGAAUUAUUUGACAAACCUUCUUAAGGAUGGAGAAGACUUGAUGGAUGAGAGUGUACUGAAAUUCUACACUCAACAAUGGGAAGAUUAUCGAUUUUCAAGCAAAGUGCUGAAUGGGAUUUGUGCCUACCUCAAUCGACAUUGGGUUCGCCGUGAGUGUGAUGAAGGACGAAAAGGAAUAUAUGAAAUCUAUUCACUUGCAUUAGUGACUUGGAGGGAUUGUCUGUUCAGGCCAUUAAAUAAACAGGUAACAAAUGCUGUUUUGAAACUGAUAGAAAAGGAAAGAAAUGGUGAAACCAUCAAUACAAGACUGAUUAGUGGAGUUGUACAGUCAUAUGUGGAACUUGGGCUUAAUGAAGAUGAUGCAUUUGCCAAAGGACCCACACUUACAGUAUAUAAAGAAUCCUUUGAAUCACAAUUCUUGGCUGACACAGAGAGGUUUUAUACAAGAGAGAGCACUGAAUUUUUGCAGCAGAAUCCUGUUACAGAGUACAUGAAAAAGGCAGAGGCUCGUCUACUCGAGGAACAGCGGCGAGUUCAGGUUUACCUUCAUGAGAGCACACAGGAUGAGUUAGCACGGAAAUGUGAGCAAGUGCUCAUUGAAAAACACUUGGAGAUUUUCCACACAGAAUUUCAGAAUUUAUUAGAUGCUGACAAAAAUGAAGAUUUGGGACGCAUGUAUAAUCUUGUAUCUCGAAUUCAAGAUGGCCUUGGAGAAUUGAAAAAACUUUUAGAAACGCAUAUUCAUAAUCAGGGUCUAGCUGCAAUUGAAAAAUGCGGAGAAGCUGCUUUAAAUGACCCCAAAAUGUAUGUACAGACAGUGUUGGAUGUUCAUAAGAAAUAUAAUGCACUAGUAAUGUCAGCAUUCAACAAUGAUGCUGGCUUUGUGGCUGCACUUGAUAAAGCUUGUGGUCGCUUUAUAAACAACAAUGCAGUAACCAAAAUGGCUCAGUCAUCAAGCAAAUCCCCCGAGUUGUUGGCCCGAUACUGUGACUCCUUGUUGAAAAAAAGCUCCAAGAACCCAGAAGAAGCAGAGCUAGAAGAUACACUUAACCAAGUGAUGGUUGUCUUUAAGUACAUUGAGGAUAAAGAUGUAUUUCAGAAAUUCUACGCUAAAAUGUUGGCCAAAAGACUUGUACACCAGAACAGUGCAAGCGACGAUGCUGAAGCCAGCAUGAUCUCUAAACUGAAGCAAGCCUGUGGUUUUGAAUAUACGUCCAAGCUUCAGCGGAUGUUUCAAGACAUUGGUGUGAGCAAAGACUUGAACGAACAGUUCAAAAAGCAUCUCACAAAUUCAGAACCCCUGGACUUGGAUUUCAGUAUUCAAGUUCUGAGUUCUGGAUCAUGGCCUUUUCAGCAGUCUUGUACAUUUGCCCUGCCUUCUGAGUUGGAACGCAGUUAUCAGCGUUUUACUGCUUUUUAUGCUAGUCGCCAUAGUGGCAGAAAAUUGACUUGGUUGUAUCAGCUAUCUAAAGGGGAACUGGUAACCAACUGUUUUAAAAACAGAUACACCUUGCAGGCAUCUACAUUCCAGAUGGCAAUCCUAUUGCAAUACAACACAGAAGAUGCCUACACUGUACAGCAGUUAACAGACAGCACUCAAAUAAAAAUGGAUAUUUUGGCACAGGUUCUACAGAUUUUAUUGAAGUCAAAGUUAUUGGUUUUGGAAGAUGAAAAUGCAAAUGUUGAUGAGGUGGAAUUGAAGCCAGAUACCUUAAUAAAAUUAUUCCUUGGUUAUAAAAAUAAGAAAUUAAGGGUUAACAUCAAUGUGCCAAUGAAGACAGAACAGAAACAAGAGCAAGAAACUACACACAAAAAUAUAGAGGAAGAUCGGAAACUACUGAUUCAGGCUGCUAUUGUGCGGAUUAUGAAAAUGAGAAAGGUCCUAAAACACCAGCAAUUGCUUGGAGAAGUAUUAACUCAGUUGUCCUCAAGAUUCAAACCUCGGGUGCCAGUAAUUAAGAAAUGCAUUGACAUUCUCAUUGAGAAAGAAUACUUGGAGCGUGUUGAUGGUGAAAAGGACACCUACAGUUACUUGGCUUAACCUUUUUAGCAGUUGUCUGACUGUGCGACACUCAGCAAAUAGUCACGUGAUGGAAAAAAUGGAAACAACUGAACUUCCUUGCAGACAGGCCGCUGCCAUGCAGACCUCCCUUUGUUAAACCUGAGACCAAGACCCCCAUCAGCCAAGCGGCUCAGAUUUACAUUGGAACUGCUCAGGAUCGAUACAUUUCAAGGAUGUAAAUAUGGACACCAACACCAUCUAACCUAAUUUAAGAACAGAGAGGAUUCAAACCUUCAAUGCUGAGGGUUGCAUGCUACUGCAUUUAAAUCAAUACAUUGGCUAUAUGAUUAACAGCUGUCUUCAUGGGCAGCCUUUAUGAUGUUGGCAGCACUUUGAGAGCAAGUCUGAAUGGACCCAUGUGUAAUCUGCUAUGAACAACCAUUUGUAUAGUGUGUUUCAUUUUUUAAUGUGUGAAAAUAAAAACAAAUUAAAAGAUUUCUGUACAAGUC